GCAACACACAGGAAGUGGGAUAGUCAUUACACAGGAAGUGGAAGAAAAAUGGAGUUUGCGUCUUCAAAUUUACUUAAUUUCGUCCAAAACUGCUAAAUUAACGACUCACCUUUAUUUAAUGAAAACAUCAUUCCUUCUUUACAGCCUUCAAGUUAAGAGCGGGAGUGAGCGGAGUCAUGGCGGCCAGCCUGCAGGUCAACUGCCUGUCCUUCCGCCAGCCUUUCGCGGGGUUUCUUCUGGACGGACACAAGACGCUGGAAAGCCGCUGGAGGCCGCUGCUCGUCCCGCUGGAGGGUUCCACCAUGGCGGUCCACGUCGCCUGGCGGGACUGGGACGGCGAGGAGUGGCGGGAGGUUCUGCGCGGUCCGGUGGGGAUGGACCAGGACCACAUUCAGGAGCUGCUGGAGUCCGGAGAGAGGUUCGGCCGUGGCGUGGUGGCAGGAUUGCUGGAUGUGGGCAGGACCUGGCAGUGCCCCGCCUCCCUGCAGGGGGAGGAGCUACAACAGCUGGAGCAAGCAGCCCUUCUGAUUGGCCUGCAGGGGAAACACCUGACUCACCUGACCAACCCCCGAUGGUUGAAGGCACCGCUGACUUCUCGAGGUGGUCGCGACCUCUGGACGGUGGAGAUCCCGGCGCACUUGUUGCCAUGACGAUGUGGCAAUUGUUAUUAGCCUCAGCUAAUUAGCAUGGCCUUUUGUUGCCAUGACACCUGUUAUUGGAGUCAGCUAAUUAGCAUAGCCUGCUAGCAUGUUUAUUCCAUGAAAAGAAGACUUUGUGCUGGUGACACACUUUAUUAACCCUCAACAACACCCUGGUGACGUAACAUAAACUUCCCUUUAACAGUGACUGGCCACGCCCUUCUUUCUGAUUGGCUGGCUCAAGUUCAAGGACAACCUCCAUUAAAUAAACUUGCAAACAAA